AUGACCUAUUAUGGAGUGGGGAAGGGGAGCGACGAGCCCUGCGGGGGUCACAGGGUCACCAGGUCACAGUCUGCUCAAUGCAAGGCCAUCUCUCCUCCAGGUGCUCAACACUCAGACAGAAAAGCAAUAAACACAUUAGCCAGAGUGGCUCUCUCCCUGAGUGCGGUUUACACUAACCCUAGCACUAACCUUAGCCCUAACCCUGCUUUAGAAUCCCAGUCAUUUGAAUUGACAGCCAUGGUCGUGGUGCUGUUGUUCCAGUGGAAUGGUGCUGCUGUGAGGAGAGAUUGUGGCUUUAGUUUCACCUGGAUACAAAGCCCAUGGGGUUUAUCAGCUACAUACUCUCAUGGCUGUGUUGUUAGUGUGAUGUUGAUCAAUACUAGGUAGCCUAGUGGUUGAGAGCACUGGACCAGUAAACGAAAGGUUGCUGGUUUGAAUCCCCGAGCUGUCAAGGUGGAAAAAUCUGCCGUUCUACUCUUGAGCAAUGCAGUUAACCCCAAACAUCAACUGCUCCCCGGGAUGUCGAUUUAAGGCAGCCCACCCCCUUUCUGAUUGGGUUAAAUGCGAAAGACACAUUUCAGUUGAAUGCAUUCAGUUGUGCAACUGACUAGGUAUCCCCUUUCUCUCUCACUCUCUUCUGCAUGUGACUCUGACGGUACAGUCUCUUCUCCAGCUGCUGAGCGCUGCAGUGUCUACUGCUAGAGUUUAUUAGGACCAUCUGGAGCGGUUUAGAACCUCAUUCCUCCCUUCAUUUAGCCGGAGGUAUGCAAGUAGUGUUUCUGUUCCGGCUCUGGGUAACCCUCUCUGUCUGAGAGCUAACCAAUGAUACAGAGUGGAGACACAUGUAACAUCAGAGGAACGGCAGUUUUGUAGAGCGAGGAGGGGGAGUGGGAGUGGGAGGAAGAGGAAGAGCAGGGAGAUUAGCCUGGGAUGAAGCGAACAUCCUGCAGUAAUCUCUCCCCUGUAUGCAUGUGCCUCCACUGCAGGUGCUCUGCUCUCUCUCCCCCUUUCUCUCUCUCUCUCCCACUCUCUCUCACUCGCUCUCUCCCCCUCACUCUCUCUCCCCCUCUCUCGUGCUCUCUCGCUCUCUCUUAGGUGUGCAGUGCCUAGGCAGCUAGUCUGAGUCAGGAUUAGGUGGUGCGUGGUGGUAAUGAACAGCCCUGCUGAACUUCAGAACAUAGCGUGCCUUUAGACGCCUAUAGAAGGAGUCCCGGGUAAAUAUGACAGCACCUCAACAAGCAGCUCCACGUGACAGUGUUGAAGUUUGUGCGUCAGCGAGACCUUUCUGCAGAGAGUCUCUGGGUUGGAGAGGCUUGGCAUCUGUUGGUGUGUCUGCUGUUUUUGUCCAUCUGGCAUUGUGGGUACUUGGUGCCAUGACAUUGUGGGUACUUGGUGCCAUGACAUUUUGGGCAUUGUGGGUACUUGGUGCCAUGACAUUUUGGGCAUUGUGGGUACUUGGUGCCAUGACAUUUUGGGCAUUGUGGGUACUUGGUGCCAUGACAUCCUGACUGUAGAUGGUCCCUACUCCGUCCUCCUGGGGAAAGGGUCCAGAUUAGUCUUCUGGUUCAGCCACAGUGCUCAUAAGGGCUCAGAUCUGUCUAGACAGGAUGUUAGAGCCAUGGCACUUUAAAUAGUUUUACUGGCCCAUCUUUAACUAUAGCAGUUCUCAGUUUUACUGGCCCAUCUUUAACUAUAGCAGUUCUCAUAGUUUUACUGGUCCAACUUGUUUCGAACUGACCCUACCUUUAACAACCCUGUCCAGUUAAAUGGCUCCUAUUUAUCUCUGGCUCUAUUCCCAUGAAAGGAGGAGGAUACUAUUUCUGAAGGGGUUUAUUGAAAGACAUGUUUUUAUCCUGUUACUGUCUGGGAGGCAGUUGUUAAAUACCCCUCGUCCAUGUUCUAAUUGAGUUGUUGUAGUAAUGGUUAUACCCUAAGUAAGUUGAAGUGUUGGAUCUGCAGUCUGGUAGACAUAGUGUUGCUUCUCCCUUAUAUGAGCUGUAGUGUUGGUUCUGUUGUUGGUUCUGCCCUCAGGGAGACGUAGUGUUGCUUCUCCCUUAUAUGAGCUGUAGUGUUGGUUCUGUUGUUGGUUCUGCCCUCAGGGAGACGUAGUGUUGCUUCUCCCUUAAAUGAGCUGUAGUGUUGGUUCUGUUGUUGGUUCUGCCCUCCAGGAGACGUAGUGUUGGUUCCCCUUUAAGUGAGCUGUAGUGUCAGGGAGCCACUGUAACUAAUGCAUUCUGCAUCUCUAAUCUGCACCAGUCUCCAUGACGCACAAUAGCGCCCACUCCUCACUCUCCUUCUCCUCCCACUCUUCCCUCUCUCCAUGCAUCCCGAGGCCCUGCCGGCUAUAGGGCCGUCAGAGCCAGGCCGUUUAAACAGCUCAUGUUUUUACCAGUCUGGCAGUGAAACUGAUAGUUCUAUCCACAACAUAAUGACGGGCUGGCGAAACCAGCCCUCUGAUGUGACACCUGUCACCGAAAGUCAUGUUCAGGUGUGACCUGCAGCAGCCAUUGGUCCUUCCAGGGGGAGCGGAAACAGAACCUUUUGUUUUUCUCUUCACUGGCUGAUCUAAAGCAUGAGAACAGAUUGGAUAUCAUACUGAUGCACCUGCUCAUCAAAUACAGAAUCCUUCUUGAACAAUGGCUUCUCUCAGGACAGAUUGUUCCAUCACUGAACCCAGUGUGUGUGUGUGUAUCGAUGUAAUCUCUUCACAGCUUCUUGUUCAAUGUAUUUGGUCAGGGUUGGGGAUAUAUAGGCUGUGUAUUGCUUUGUGAUUCAAGUGCAAUUGGAAUGCUGUAGGUUCCGGGGCCUUGAUGGAAACAAAAUGCAUUGUGGGUGUUUCAGGGCGUGAUUUGCCUUUAUUUAUUUAUUUAUUUAUUUAUUUAUUUAUUUAUUUAUUUUAAUAUAUUGAGUAAUCACUGUAGGAUAUCAUGAAGCAUUCCCCUACAUGUAGCGCGAUGAGACAAUCAGCCGGGUAGUCACAAUCUGUCUGGAGCAAGCGUCUGUGGUCUCAAUUGAUUAGCGAUGCUGUCUGUGUCUGUCAACCCGCCUGGCAGGGCUGAAAAUCUCCUAACAAGCAUCAGAUUGAAUGGGAGAUUAUUUCAAACAGCAUGGCGGUAUACAGGGAGGCAAUAUGAGCGUGGCGUUGUCUUUUUCUGUUGACUGUGAGACAGGCGUGUAUCUGGCAUCAAACAUCCCUGAGACAAAGAGAUGAUGAAAUGAUGGUGAAAUGAAAUGGCUGCGUGUGUGAGAUAAGAGAUGAAGAGGUCUGACCAGGUCCAUCUCCAGACAAGCUGCUCUUAGUAUUCCAUCCUGUCAGCCUGCUCCCCCUGUGGAAUCAGACGAAAGGAUAGACUGAGAUGGAGCUGAAAAAUAGAUCUAAAAAGCAAAAAAGGCCCUGUGCAUCUCAGCGAGGGAGAUGGAGAGACAGAGGAAAAAAGAGAUCUGGCCUUGAAAGUCUGUUGGCAAUUUGACGCCUCCUUUGUACUUGUUAUCAGUUGUCAGCUGCUGCAGAGGUCUUGGCUUUAAUGGAGAACUUAAUUACAAUUCAGAGAGUCAACAUAAAUCAGAAGUCUGUUAUUAUGAGGUGGACGGCUGCUGGCCGGUGCUGCUGGGGGUUGUUCUGAAGGAGCAUUAUAUUAUUGUUUUAACCUCCCUGGACACUACAGUGUUGAUAUAUGAAAGACAAUGAAAUCAUGUCCAAGGCCCAGACUGACUAAAUUAGUCACACUAACAACUGAGACCAGAGAUGAGUUAAACCGCUGAACAGAAGGGUAUACUACAAAACAUGAUCAAUGCGUUAGCCAGCUAACUUUGAUAAACAACCAGAAAUAAGUGGAUUUUCUGGUUCAUUAAGAAAGCUAAACAUAGAUAUUUGUUUUUGGUUGUUGAGCCAAUUAGACCAUGCCCAUUUUCAGGCUUAUCUUAAAAAAAGAAAAAAGAAAAGCUAUUUCAGAAUAUUCAGGCAAGUUAGCUGGCUAACUCUUUGAUCUUACUUUGUAGUAUACCGCUCAGUUUAGAUCCAUCCAGGGCAAAUCGGUCAAAGCCUGGGGCCAUGAUUUAAAGGCCAUUGAGCUAAGCCUGGGCUUCCAAACUAAAUAAAAUGCACAACAGAGGGUAGUGGGUCUGUUUAAGGAUGUAUGGGAAUAAUCCUGUUUUCUCCGGUCUCUUCCCAGGCCCAGACUGCAAGCACAGAGGAAGUUUGCCCAGUCGCAGCCCAACUCUCCCAGCACCACCCCGGUCAAGGUGUCUGAUACCGCCCUGCCCGCCCCCUCCGCUCACAUCAGAGACAUCUCCAGACGGAAACCCAAGACUGAGGACUUCCUCACCUUCCUCUGCCUGAGAGGUACAGUAACCAUGAAAGGAUAAGAGCGUCUGCUAAAUGACUAAAAUGUCUAACAUCCCACCCUUUCAUCUGCACACCCCUUCAUCCACCCCUACACACACUCAACCCUUCAUCCUCCCGCCUCACUUCCUCACUCAGUCGACCACUCACCCCAGCACCAUGCAUCUCGUCACCAGGCCAAUGCCAUGGCCCGAUGUCAGGGCUCUGCUUCUUUAACCUCAGUCAGGACUAUGGCUUCAGUUCAGCAGCCACACAUCUCAAGAAAGGUCCAGGCCUCCCUCCCGGCCUACCUUUGACCUAGAUCCAGGCCUAGCUGUGCAGCAGGAAUAGUUCAGUCUGAGGUCCAGGUUCAUUGACCCGGUUUAAAACUCUGACAAGGCAAACACCCUGACAAGGCAAACACCCUGACAAGGCAAACACCAAACCCAUUCUGUCCUCACAGGUUACACAUUGACCAUAUCUGCAGGUAACAUUUCAACAGUGAAUAAUGAACAUUGUUAUCUGCACACAGUCUCAGCUUUGAGCGCCCCCCCCUCCACACACACACACACGCACGCACACACACACAUACACACACACAUACACACACACACACAUACACACACACAUACACAAACACACACACAGACAUCCUGGUAGAGCCAGAUAAUCCUGCUCCUACACCUCAGCACAUGAGGGCACAGAGAGGCCCGGGCUGCUCUCUGCCGCCCACAACACAAACAUGGCCCAGCUAGGGAAAUGAGGGCAGAAUAACAGGCACAGGGUUCAGCUGAAAUCCCACCUCGUUUCUGUAGUGUUAUACAGGACUCAAGAAGUUCACUGUCAUGGACAGUUUUCCUUUUACGCUUUAUCUUAAUUAUGAAUUGAAACCCAAAAAGAGAAAUCGAGAGGCAGAGUGGAAUAUAACCUCAGAUUAGGAACAAAUAGUUUUUGGGGAUAUAUUUUAAUCAACAACCUUGGCCUUGGCUUUUACUGCCGUCUUCAGUCCCAAAGAGUGUUUAACUCUGAACAGUAUCUCCUCCCACCCAGCAGAACCGUCCAUGACUCCAUCACAAACAGAAAUAGCCCUUUAGGAAGACUAAUGCCUCGAUUUAGAUUAAUUUGGUAUUGCCAUUAACCUCUGCUGGCUACAUGAAGUAGGUUAAAAAGAUCUGCAAUCAGCUGGGAACUGAGAGGCCCAGAGGAGAAGAAGGCGGCUCGUGUUUAAAAGCCAAUGUCGCUUUAAUGUAACAGAACGCUGUUCAGAGCACCGUAAUUAGAGAUCAGUAAAACUGACAGGGUUGGCUGCCUUAUUCUCAGGGGAACAGAUCGGUUCUCAUAAUGUCCCAGUAAAUGUCUUCUGUUCAGGGUUUGGACAACUCCUGUGUAUGGUUUGGAUGCUAUGCUAACUCCUGACCAGUGUGUUUUUUUCUCACUGUGCCAUGCCUGGUUGACCGCUGUACCCCCUGUCUCUGUGGCAGCCUUAUUUAUAGCCCCGUUACCCGGCCGAGAGGCAGACUGAUUCCUCUGCAGAGCUCAUGCUGCCUUAAUGGCAUUUUCAUACACAGGGUUUUGCUCUCUCUUCCUGCACUUUAUUGGCCCAUGUGGAAGAGGCCAAUACAUUGAGGUGGCAUGCAAGAAUGUCAGGGCAGCGCAGAGGUCUGCAUAUGCAUGAGUGUGCAUGCAUGCACGUGCACGGUCGGUGUCCUGGGGACAGAUGGAUAUAGAACAAAAGGAAGCAGCGUUUUAUCUUUCAAAGGUGCUUUUGGCCUUUGAUUUCAUUCAAAGGGCUUUGUACGUCUGAUUCCACUUUGGUGGCCCAGGCUAGCUAGGUGUGUAACAGCCUGUGGUGGCCCAAGAACAGGCAGCUGUGUUGGGGUCCAACACUUACACUGUCGUAUACAUUUAUUUAUAUUUGCCCCAUAGAGCGGACAGGGAGGAGUAGGCAAGCAGUCGGCACACGGUCUAUUCUUCUAGCGCUGGACCAGACCAAUGGCGUUCCUGGUAGAAAAUAGAGAUCAAACGGUCAUUCUGUUCAAACUGCUCGACUCCUCAAAUGUUUAUCUUAUCUGACAAACAUGCCACAUUCCCAGCAAGCCCCCUGUCUGACAGCUUUAGAAUGAUGAUAAAGCGCUGGUAAUUAAAGCAGGCCAUUUCCACUGUGAUUUCAUGGGGAGAAGUUUUCCUCUUUUGUUCUCUACAGCAGCAGCUUGUAAUCACCACUGCUUAUUCCUCUGGGACUCGGCAUCAUAAUGAGCUGUUCCUGUCUCCUGGUUUUUAAACGGGAACGAUAUAUUUUUAAUCCCUCUUGGGAAACGGCUGGCUGCUCUGAUGCAAUGUGGAGUAAUAUGCGACGGACACAAAAUGGAGCGAAUCACAGUUUAGUGUUUAUGUGCUACAUGCCUUCUCAAAUCCCUUUUUAUUACGGCUGUUUAUAUCCGUGGAGAAAGCCAUUUGGAGGCUGUCUCUGAGCUUUGUCUGUAGUCUUGGGUAGAGAGGGUCAUUGUUGGUAGUGGCUGUGACGCUAUCCCCGAUUUCUCCUUAUCGCAGCUGAGCCUCCCUCUGCACAUACACACACACACACACGGCUGGGAUAAUGCCAGAUAAAGUAGUAGAUGAAUAACCCCCACUAACAUGCUCAUCCAGUGUUACAUAACAGGUACUUCUAUAUGCGUGUGUGCCAUGGUUGGCUGAACAUUGAAUGGGUCUGGGUCUAGGUCUGAGGCUGCUGCUGCGGCCGUGGUUGUGCUACGAAGGGAAGGCUGAUUAAAUUUAGCCAGCGACUCCCAGAGCUGACUGGAGCCGAGGGCAGCAUGGGUUAAUGGAUUUGCAGACAUUCAGGAAUGUAAAUUGGAGGAGAUAUAAUCCCCAAUCCUCUCGGAUUCACUCCGCUGCAUCGGCCUGUAAAACAAUGUUAUUGAAAAAGCCCCAGUCCGCGCUCUUUCAUUCCCUCCCCUCCACCUAUCUUGUUCCUGAUGGUGAAGUAUGAGGGGUUGGAGAGAGGGCAGAGCGUCUGACAUGGUCUCUCCACACACUGUCUCUGUCUAUGAUGGGGGAUUCAGCCAGGGAUUGGCCCUCUGCUUCCGUUGGAACAGCUUGAGAAGAGGAAGCGCAUACUCUAAACUCUUUGGGGUCAGAUUGGAACUGCUUUUCUGACCAGCUCUAGAGAUUCCUGAGGGUCUGUAGCCUAUACGUGACGGCCAUGAGAAGUGCUCAUUUUCGGUAACAUGGAUGUUAAUCAGAUGAUUAUAAAUGUGUGUUAUUUUUUCUCAGUUAAAGCCCUUGAUUGGCCGUUUAAACUCAUUGUUUUUUUAUUUUAAGUCAACCAUUUUGGUUGUAAUUACGCCUGUCUAGUAAAAUAUUCCAAUCAUAAUAGACAGUUUCAGCCUUAAUUAUGAUUUGCCUGUGGUUCUGAGGCACAUGAAAAGGCCCAUAAUUGAGGAAAGGGAGGAGGGAGGGGAACAGGCCAGGAGCAGGGAGGAGGGAGGCCUGGGUUAUAUUUCUCUGUGUCUGGGAGCUGACAGACAGAGUCUCUGCGCCAGAGAGGCUGUUAAGCCCAGCACCACCCUUCUCGCCUCUGUCUGAGAACCAGCCUCUGAAGAUAUAGCCUAGCCAUAGACCAGACGCCAGUGACCAGAGGAGCCAGCCCAACAGGCUUCUUCUUUCCCUCCCUCUGUCUCUGGAGGCUACAAAAAAAUGGGAGCAACAGGCUUAUUUUGGGCCCCUGGAAAAGGUUACAGGAUAACAUUGUCCAGUCUCAUUCUCCCCUCUCUUUCUCACUCCACCACAAAAAGAUAUCUCGCCCACCCAUCGGACGAGAGACCUCCCCCUCAUGCGCCACUCCACCCCUCCAACCCCUCGUCCCCCUUCAACCCCCUGGGCCUGCUAGCCAUUUGGCCCUGUGACCCCAGAGAAGGCAGUAAUUGCAGCCAUGUUGUUAAUGAAGCAGGUCAUUUGGAGCUGAUUGGGAGUUUGUUGUUUAAAGAGCUAGAGAGCUGGCACAGAUGUGCUAUGUAUCACACUCCCCUUCAGUCAGUCAGUCAAUCAAUCAAUCAAAUGUAUUUAUAAAGCUCUUUUUAUAUCAGCAGAUGUCACAAAUUGCUUAUACAGAACCUAGCUAGCCCAGUCCUCUACAGGUCUUAGCCAGACUGAACCCAGCACAUCAAACCUAGUCCAGACGUGGCUUCUACUCACGUUACACAUUGUACUCUUCUCCUAAACCUUAUACAAUGACCCCUAACCCUAAUAACAAUGGACUGGCAUAUCUGCUCUCUCUACAUGCAGGGCUAGUCAAAGUGUCAUUAAAGUAUCGCGUUUGGCCAUGCUGCCGUUUUAGUCCUGUUGUGACAAAGCUGUGUUGUAUUGUGGGUACUGACUGUGUUGUGUAGGCCUACUAACUGUAUUCUGAUGUGCAUGUGAGUCAGAAGGCUCCGAUUUCACUGUAAUUCAUUACUGCAUUGAAAGUAACCCUAACCCCAUUGGUUUCAGUAUGAAAAAUGUAUGCACUCACUAACUGUAAGUCGCUCUGGAUAAGAGCGUCUGCUAAAUGACUAAAAUGUAAAAAUGUAAAAUGUUCCCCUAUUUUCUAGUAACCCUAACCCCAUUGGCUCCCAUGUUGUCUGUCCUACAGCAGGAUGCUUAAUUCAAAAUGAGUAGCCAGUUAAUGAUGCUUAUCUUAAAGCACACUUUGCUGCACCAUACUACAACCAGUUCCUAUAAUGAUAUUGAUUGUAUAGAUUUGCAUCCAUUUUAAUUUGAUUAUGAAGUUUUGGUUUGAUGUCUGACUAAUUCUAGCUUCACCACAUCUAAUUUCAGGUUACUCCUCGUGGCCAAAUGAAGGUUAGUUAAAUUUAUGCAUUUUUAAAGUACUUAUGAAAUAGACAGUAAAUGUUAAUAAUACAAAAGCAUGUAUAUCCCACUCUGUCAUUAGGAAUGAGCAUUUAUAUAUUAAUAAUACUCUCUAACAUAAGAUGAAAAUGAAAUGUAAUACAAUGUAAUGAUUCACAACACAAACUUAAUUCAAACAUCUUAACUUAGGCCUAAUCAAAGCUCAUUUGACAUCAUUACAAUGCUUUAAACCAAUAAACCACAACAUCAUUACACUAGAUAACAAUGGUGACUGAGGUGAUGCAAACAUACCAUCUCUUUCUUUUCCCUCUGGUGUCUUUAAUGGCCACAGGAGGUCAGACCCUGCGUAACUCAAUAUUAGGAAGGUGUUACUAAUGGGUGUGCAUUACAAGGAUCACAGAUAAGGACAUAUACACUGAGUGUACCAAACAUUAGAAACACCUUCCUAAUAUUGAGUUGCACCACCUUUUGCCCUCAGAACAAAGCUUCCCACAGUUGUCAAGUUGGCUGUCCUUUGGGUGGUGGACCAUUCUUGAUACACAUGGGAAACUGUUGAAUGUGAAAAACCCAGCAGCGUUGCAGUUCUUGACACAAACCGGUGCACCUGGCACCUACUACCAUACCCCGAUCAAAGGCACUUACAUUUUUUGUCUUGCCCAUUCAUCCUCUGAAUGGCACAUAUACACAAUCCAUGUCUCAAUGCUUAAAAAUAAUUUUUAAACCUGUCUCCUCCCCUUCAUCUACACUGAUUAUGAAGUGGAUUUAACAAGUGUAAGGGAGCAUAGAGUUCACCUGGAUUCACCUGGUCAGUCUGUCAUGGAAAGAACAGGUGUUCUUAAUGUUUUGUAUACACUGUGUACAUUAUCAAUACUAUUAGUAUUCCACACACUAUGGACCUUCUAUUCCAGUGUAAAUCAUCCAUAUCAACAUACCUGCACCAAUAACACACUUGUAUUUAUACUAUUAUCUAGUGUGUGUUCCCAGUGCCCCAGCCCUCUGCCAUGUUGUGUUCUUUUUAUUUUUAAUUUUUUUGUCAUUUAACAGACGCUCUUAUCCAGAGCGACUUACAUGAGCAAUUAGGGUUAAGUGCCUUGCUCAAGGGCACAUCGACAGAUUUUUCACCUAGUCGGCUCGGGGAUUAGAACCAGCGACCUUUUGGUUACUGGCACAACGCUCUUAACCGCUAAGCUACCUGCCGCCCUAAAAUCCAGGGUUUACAUUUUAGUCAUUUAGCAGACGCUCUUAUCCAGAGCAACUUACAGUUAGUGGAUGCAGACGUGUGUGUGUGUAUAUAUAUGUAUAUAUAUAUGUAUAUAUAUAUAUAUAUAUAUAUAUAUAUAUAUAUAUAUAUAUAUAUAUAUAUAUAUAUAUAUAUAUAUAUAUAUAUAUAUAUAUAUUUGUUUUUUCUUCUUUAAAAAAAAAAAAAUGUCAUACUGGCCCCCUGUGGGAAAUGAACCCACAUCCCUUCCCGGCCAAAUCCUCCCCUACCUUGGACGACGCUGGACCAAUUGUGCGCCGCCCAUGGGUCUCCGGGUCGCGGCCGGCUGCGAUAGAGCCUGGACUCGAACCAGAAUCUCUAGUGGCACAGCCACUCGGGAGUGGCGCCACUACAUCACGUUAUGUAACGUGAUGUAGCUAUGUAGGCAGGCAAGCAGGCAAAUACAUGCAGAUGUAUAGCUGGCUAGUGAGAGCACAGUUAUACUGGUCCAUCCAUAGUGCACCGGUCGCACUCCUUUAUCAUUUAUGAGAAACACUGGAACAUGCUGCAGACAAUGGGAAUUGUUCCGCACGUUAACACACAGGGAGAGAGGGAGAGGAGGAGAGGAAGGAAAGGGAGUGACUGAGGAAGAAAGCUUUUAUGACAUUUUCUGGGGUGCUGUGAUUUUACAGUACUGGUGUUUUCCAGCACACAAUCUAUCAGACGGCUGCAGUAGUUCUCUCCUCACAUGAUAACUGCUCGGUAGGUUCACGUUGGUUUUAUCUCUCUCUCCUCUCUCUCUCUCUCUCUCUCUCUCUCUCUCUCUCCUCUCUCUCUCUCUCUCUCUCUCUCUCUCUCUCUCUCCCUCUCUCUCUCUCUCUCUCUCUCUCUCUCCUCUCUCUCUCUCUCUCUCUCUCUCUCUCUCUCUCUCUCUCUCUCUCUCUCCCCUCCCCCCCCAGGUUCGUCAGCGUUGCCCAGUAACAUGGCGUACUUUGGGAGCUCUCAGGAUGAAGAUGAGCUGGAUGAUGAUGAAGAGGAGUACGAGGACGUGAAGCCAGACAUCAGCGUGGCGUCUACUUCCUGUCAGUCCACGCCCAGGAAGGGCAAACCCCCAGGGAAACACGCCGUCAAUGGCCACGGUACGACAACUUCGUCUUACCUACAGUGGGGGAAAAAAGUAUUUAGUCAGCCACCAAUUGUGCAAGUUCUCCCACCUAAAAAGAUGAGAGAGGCCUGUAAUUUUCAUCAUAGGUACACGUCAACUAUGACAGACAAAAUGAGGAAAAAAAAUCCAGAAAAUCACAUUGUAGGAUUUUUUAAUGAAUUUAUUUGCAAAUUAUGGUGGAAAAUAAGUAUUUGGUCAAUAACAAAAGUUUCUCAAUACUUUGUUAUAUACCCUUUGUUGGCAAUGACACAGGUCAAACAUUUUCUGUAAGUCUUCACAAGGUUUUCACACAUCAUUGUCAUGCUGAAAGACCCAGCCACGUUUCAUCUUCAAUGCCCUUGCUGAUGGAAGGAGGUUUUCACUCAAAAUCUCACGAUACAUGGCCCCAUUCAUUCUUUCCUUUACAUGGAUCAGUCGUCCUGGUCCCUUUGCAGAAAAACAGCCCCAAAGCAUGAUGUUUCCACCCCCAUGCUUCACAGUAGGUAUGGUGUUCUUUGGAUGCAACUCAGCAUUCUUUGUCCUCCAAACACGACGAGUUGAGUUUUUACCAAAAAGUUAUAUUUUGGUUUCAUCUGACCAUAUGACAUUCUCCCAAUCCUCUUCUGGAUCAUCCAAAUAAACUCUAGCAAACUUCAGACGGGCCUGGACAUGUACUGGCUUAAGCAGGGGGACACGUCUGGCACUGCAGGAUUUGAGUCCCUGGCGGUGUAGUGUGUUAUUGAUGGUAGGCUUUGUUACUUUGGUCCCAGCUCUCUGCAGGUCAUUCACUAGGUCCCCCCGUGUGGUUCUGGGAUUUUUGCUCACCGUUCUUGUGAUCAUUUUGACCCCACGGGGUGAGAUCUUGCGUGGAGCCCCAGAUCGAGGGAGAUUAUUAGUGGUCUUGUAUGUCUUCCAUUUCCUAAUAAUUGCUCCCACAGUUGAUUUCUUCAAACCAAGCUGCUUACCUAUUGCAGAUUCAGUCUUCCCAGCCUGGUGCAGGUCUACAAUUUUGUUUCUGGUGUCCUUUGACAGCUCUUUGGUCUUGGCCAUAGUGGAGUUUGGAGAGUGACUGUUUGAGGUUGUGGACAGGUGUCUUUUAUACUGAUAACAAGUUCAAACAGGUGCCAUUAAUACAGGUAACGAGUGGAGGACAGAGGAGCCUCUUAAAGAAGAAGUUACAAGUCUGUGAGAGCCAGAAAUCUUGCUUGUUUGUAGGUGACCAAAUACUUAUUUUCCACCAUCAUUUGCAAAUAAAUUCAUUAAAUAUCCUACAAUGUGAUUUUCUGGAGAAAAAAAAUCCCAUUUUGUCUGUCAUAGUUGACAUGUACUUAUAAUGAAAAUUACAGGCCUCUCAUCUUUUUAAGUGGGAGAACUUGCACAAUUGGUGGCUGACUAAAUACUUUUUUCCCCCACUGUACCUAACCUUAACCCCAACAGUAAGAAACUGUUCUCUCUCAUAGUGCCAACUCCCUUCAUUUCCAUAGAGCUCUGUACAUACAGCACAGUACCACACCUUAGACAGUUCAUACACACUGACCAAUCACAACAGAUAUUUAACACUGACCAAUCACGGUUGAGGGCCGAAGUGGAACGGGUGGAAUGGUUCCAAUGGACCUAAUGCGCACAAGAGACCCACAUGGUUAGAGCUGUCUGCAGCCGAGCAUGGCUGAGUGAGUGAGUGAGUGAGUGAGUGAGUGAGUGAGUGAGUGAGUGAGUGAGUGAGUGAGUGAGUGAGUGAGUGAGUGAGUGAGUGAGUGAGUGAGUGAGUGAGUGAGUCCAAUUAACACUAGGAGUGAACAGAGGUAACAAGGUGUUUAUGCAUUCAGCUCACAGCUAGCCGGGGAGGAGGCCAACAGGGAUGGAAAACAAGGAGAACACAGCCCCGCCGCUUACACACACACACUUUACCAUAGUAGCGUGGCAAUAGCCAUAUUUACCAAAGUAGCCUGUCCUAUGGCAGCGCACUUGCUCUCCCUCAGUACAGUGUUAGGCCUGGACUGUAAGUACCUUUAGAAGCCUGUCUCCCAGUACAGUAUUAGACCUGGCCAGUACAGUAAACUAUAAGGCCGUGUGUCAGAUGUGACACUUUAAAAUGCAGCGUGGGCAGGACUCCAGUAGUUUAUAUUAGCUGCAGGGCACAGAGAGAGAGAGAAAAACCACAGAGCUCUGCUUUCAUUACCCUGCACCUCACUAACCCCAGCCAUGUUUACAUUUCUAAAUUAAACACCUUUUAUUGAGUUCAGUUCCCCGGUAGCUUUUCAAAACGCCAGCCUUUCAGCAAGGGACUUUGGGGAUGGACCAUGUCGUUUUAUAAACGCCAGCACCUGUUGAUAUUAAAACGCUGUAAAAAUAAAGUGAACCUCAUCAAAUAUAAAGAUAACUGUUGAAUAUGUGUUAAUUGAAUGGUUUGGACAGUUUAAUAUCAGUGUUUCUGCUCUAGUCUGAGGUUAGCAGGGCUGUAGUCUGGUGCUUGACCAAUAUAAUGUUCCCCAUAAGUCACUGUACAAGACUGGAGAAAAUAUUUAAUUGACAUUUAUAAAUUCUUGUUGAGGUUUUCAUAUACAGUGCCUUCAGAAAGUAUUCACACCCCUUGACUUUUUCCACAUUUUGUGUUACAGCCUGAAUUAAAAUGUGAUUAAAUAGAGAUUUUUUGGGUCACUGGACUACACACAAUACCCCAUAAUGUCAAAGUGGAAUUAUGUUUUUCGAAAUAUUUACACAUUCAUUAGAAAUGAAAAGCUUAAAUGUCUUGAGUCAAUAAGUAUUCAACCCCUUUGUUAUGGCAAGCCUAAAUAAGUUCAGGAGGAAAAAUGUGCUUAACAAGUCACAAGUUGCAUGGACUCACUUUGUGUGCAAUGUGUUUAACAUAAUUUUUGAAUGACUACCUCAUCUCUGUACCGCCCUGAGAUUGGAAGGUUGGGAGUUAAAUCCUUGGCCGAGUCAUACCAAAGACUGUAAAAAUGGGACCUGAUGCAUCUCUGCUUGACACUCAGCAUUAAGGAGAUUGAUUGGGGGUAAGGCCCUGCGAUAGACUAGUGUCCUGUCCAGGGGGUGUACUUGUAUACUGAACAAAAAUAUAAACGCAUGUAAAGUGUUGGUCCCAUGUUUCAUGAGCUGAAAUUUAAGAUCCCAGAAAUGUUUGAGGCACAAAAAGCUUAUUUCGCUCAAAUGUUGUACACAAAUGUGUUAACAUCCCUGUUAGUGAGCAUUUUAUCAUUUGUCAAGAUAAUCCAUCCACCUGACAGGUGUGGCAUAUCAAGAAGCUGAUUAAACAGUGUGAUCAUUACACAGAUGUACCUUGUGCUGGGGACAAUAAAAGGCAACUCUAAAAUGUGCAGUUUUGUAACACAACACAAUGCCACAGAUGUCGACAAGUUUUGAGGGAGCGUGCAAUUGGCAUGCUGACUGCAGGAAUGUCCAACAGAGCUGUUGCCAGAUUUGAAUGUUAAUUUCUGUACCAUAAGCCGCCUCCAACGUCGUUUUAGAGAAUUUGGCAGUACAUCCAACCAGCCUCACAACCGCAGGCUACGUGUAACCACACCAGCCCAGGACCUCCACAUCCGGCUUCUUCACCGGCGGGAUCGUUUGAGGGGGAGGGGGAGGGGUGGUGCUGAGGAGUAUUUCUGUCUGUAAUAAAGCCCUUUUGUGGGGAAAAACUCCAUUCUGAUUGGCUGGUUCAGGCUCCCCAGUGGGUGGGCCUGGCUCCCACUGGCCAGGCCCCCACCCAUGGCUGCGCCCCUUCCUGGUCGUGAAAUCCAUAGAUUAGGGCCUAAUGAAUUUAUGUCAAUUGACUGAUUUCCUCAUAUGAACUGUAACUCAGCAACAUCUUUGAAAUUGUUGCAUAAUGCAUUUUUAUAUUUUUGUUCAGUAUACAUCAAGCUGCUUCAUGCUACAGAAACAGGAGAUAGGCUCCUGCUCCUAUGAGCUGUUUCAGCUCGCACAAGCCAAUGCUCAUGCAAGGCUACUUACCUCAUCUCUGUACCCCACAUAUACAAUUAUCUGUAAGGUCCCUCAGUCGAGCAAUGAAUUUCAAACAGAUUAUUUUUUCCAAUGCCUGCAUUGUUGGUUAAGGGCUUGUAAGUAAGCAUUUCACCGUAAGGUCUACACCUGUUGUAUUCGGCGCAUGUGACAAAUAAAAUUUGAUUUGAAAUGGGUAAAAAUAUAAAAAGCAGAAAUUGAAUAUUCCUUUGAGCAUGGUGACGUUAUUAAUUACACUUUGGAUGGUGUAUCAAUACACCCAGUCACUACAAAGAUACAGGUGUCCUUCCUAACUCAGUUGCCGUAGAGGAAGGAAACCACUCAGGGAUUUCACCAUGAGGCCAACGAUGACUUUAAAACAGUUGCAGAGUUUAAUGGCUGUGAUAGGAGAAAACUGAGGAUGGAGCAACAACAUUGGAGUUACUCCACAAUACUAACCUAAUUUGACAGAGUGAAAAGAAGGAAGCCUGUACAGAAUACAAAUAUUUAAAUACAUGCAUUUUGUUUGCAUCAAGGCACUAAAGUAAUAAUGCAAAAAAUGUAGCAAAGCAAUUCACUUUUGUCCUGAAUACAACGAAACACAUACUUAUGUAAAUGAGAGAUUUAUUUAUUUCAUUUUCAAGAAAUUUGCAAAAAAUUCUAAAAACAUGUUAAUUAUGUGUGUAAAUAGGUAAGAAAAAAACAUCUGUUUAAUCCAUUUUCAAUUCGGGCCGUAACACAGAAGCAUCCUUCUACACAGACCUGAGAUAAUCAUUUCUCUACUUUUGGUCCGGUCUUCAACCUUCUAAACUGAUCUAAGAUCAUCUUUUCUCUCCUGUUGGUUCAGUGUUGAACGGCCACAGCAAGACGCCCCGGGACAGCCCCAAGCCAAGAGGGAAGGAGUGGGUGCAGGUGAGGGAGCGCAGUGAGAGGGCGGAGGCCCGGAGGGAGCAGGCCCUCAGCCAGCCAGAGGCCACAGCCAGGGGCCACACCUUACCCAGAGGCCUCACUACCAAUGGACUGCCCCACAGGAGGGUUGCAGAGGAGCCCCACAAGCAGGUACUGCAUCAUACUUCAUCUAUACCUGAACAGUAUGCUUGGUUGAUUCGGCUAAUAUGUCACUCUCUAUAAUGGUCCUAAAGAUGGCUGACCAGCAUGCCUCAGUAACCACCAGGCGAGUUAUUAAAGAGCAGACAUUAUCAUCAUUAGACGAGCAGUAAUGUGUGACGAUGAUAAAAUAUUACAUAUUAUUAAUAGAGUAACGUAACAGUAGCAUGCUCAGUGUUGUGUGAAAUCCCUGAGCUUCUUUCCUCUCCUCUCCUCCCUUUGUCUCUGUGUAAUGAUUGCGUUUCAGUCUGCUACUAUAUUUACUACUGAAGCUGGGCUGAGAAAGCUGCCUUCCUGUCCAAGACGUUCAGUGGGUUUAAACAGUGGUGGAAAAAAUAUAUAAUUGUCAUACCCAAUUGUCAUACUUGAGUAAAAGUAAAGAUACCUUUUUAAAGAAAAUGACUCAAGUAAAAUUGAAAGUCACCCAGUAAACUACUACUUGAGUAAAAGUAUUUGGUUUUAAAUAUACUCAAGAAUCAAAAGUAAAUUUAAUUGACAAAAUAUACUUAAGUAUCAAAAGUAAAAGUAUAAAUCAUUUCAAAGUCCUUCUAUUAAGCAAACCAGACGGCAUCAUUUGUAUUAUAUAUUUACAAACAAAGCAUGUGUUUAGUGAGUCCACCAGAUAAGAGGCUGUAGGAAUGACCAGGGAUGUUCUCUUUAUAAGUGUGUGAAUUAGACCAUUUGUAUUGUCCUGCUAAGCAUUCAAAAUGUAAUGAGUACUUUUGGGUGUCAGGGAAAAUGUAUGGAGUAAAAAGUACAUAAUUUUCUUUAGGAAUGUAGUGAAGUAAAAAAUAUAAAUAGUCAAGUACAGAUACCCAAAAAAACUACUUAAGUAGUACUUUCAAGUAUUUUUACUUAAUACUUUACAUCACUGGGUUUAAAGGAGCUCUGCUAAGGAGGAGAGGAGGAGGGGAUGACUAGAGUAACUUUGGCCCAGUUUAAAAUGCACAUUGUGCUUCUACAUGAGCUAAUCAGAGGGGAGCACUGGGGGCUUUGCCUCUCGUCAGAGAGCGCAACAUCUAGACCAGCAGCUCGGCUACCCCAGACGGCCGGCAGACCAGGGCCAUGCUGUCUCAGGUUGAUGCCGGCCCUGUCGGUUUUAAGUGCCGACAACUGACUGAUUAAGGAACAAUGAAUCUCAAUGAGCAGGGCAGAGCCAAGACGUACUACGUUGAAGUUAUUGGCCUUUGUUCUAUCCCUCUGCCUUCUCUCUGCUUUCUCUCUUCCCCCUCUCCACUUUCUCUUUCUCCCUCUCUCUCUUUACCUCUGUUCAUGUGUUGUACUGGCAGAUUUACCAUCCUUGGCAACAGAGCUCCAAUCAUUUUGAGGUAUUCUAGUUUUUUGAUAUUAACUGUGAGAGUGCAGCAGCAGGCCGAUGUCCAAUCCCCUGGCCGAUAGCAACGCGAUCAUGAUCCCUCGUCUGUGGAAGGGAAUCAGCCAUAGGUCAAAUGAUUGUUAUCAUACAAGAACCCAAUGGGCCUGUUGUACAGCAUCUAGUUAGAGCAAGCCAGAGUAAUGAUAUUCUGUGAAAUCCGAACUGAGGGAUCUUAUUUGCUCGGGAAUAUUAAACUGCUGCUCCGGUCUCCUGUUGACCUUUCUGUCUCGGUUUAAAAGUCAGUAUGCUGAAGACUAUUCAUGUAGACAGAUCUCUAAGGCCACAUCUUUUCAGCGAUCACAUUGAUGUGCUUGUUUUUAUGUACUUUUGAGUGCUACAUUGUUUUGUGUGUUUUUUUGGUGGAUCGGUGUCAAAUCAAAUGUUAUUUGUCACAUGCACCGAAUACAACAGGUGUAGACCUAACCGUGAAAUGCUUACUUACAAGCCCCUAAACAACAAUGCAGUUCAAGAAAGAGUUAAGAAAAGAUUUACUAAAUAAACUAUUAAAUUAAAUGUAAAUUAAAAAGUAACACAGUAAAAUAAUAAUAACGAGGCUAUAUCUAUAGGGGGUACCGGUACCGAGUCAAUGUGCGGGGGUACAGGUUAGUUGAGGUAAUAUGUACAUGUAGGUAGGGGUAAAGUGAUGCAUAGAUAAUAAACAGCGAGUAGCAACAGUGUAAAAACAAAGGGAGGGUGUCAAUGUAAAUAGUCCGGGUGGCCAUUUGAUUAAUUGUUCAGCAGUCUUAUGGCUUGGGGGUAGAAGCUGUUAAGGAGCCUUUUGGUUCUAGACUUGGCGCUCCGUUACUGCUUGCCGUGCGGUAGCAGAGAGAACCGUCUAUGACUUGGGUGACUGGAGUCUUUGACCAUUUUUUGGGCCUUCCUCUGACACUGCCUAGAAUAUAGGUCCUGGAUGGCAGGAAGCUUGGCCCCAGUGAUGUACUGGGCCAUACGCACUACCCUCUGUAGCGUCUUACGGUCAGAUGCCGAGCAAUUGCCAUACCAGGCGGUGAUGCAAUCGGUCAGGAUGCUCUCGAUGGUGCAGCUAUAUAACUUUAUGAGGAUCUGGGGACCCAUGCCAAAUCUUUUCAGUCUCUUGAGGGGGAAAAGGUGUUGUUGUGCCCUCUUCACGACUGUCUUGGUGUGUUUGGACCAUGAUAGUUCGUUGGUGAUGUGGACACCAAGGAACUUGAAACUCUCGUGUCUGCUUCUCUAUGCACUGGAAGAGUUACGGUUCCUCUUCCUGAUCCAGUCUCUUCCUAUUGGUUGCUGAGCUGUAGAUCUCUUCCUAUGGGCCGCUGAGCUGCAGAUGUUCCGUGUUAAUCUUCCUGCCAUCCUGCAGAUGGGCUAUAGCAACACAUGAUGUCAUCCUGGGCCAUCCCCCGCCACCACCCUCCUCUCUUCCCACUCACAUGUGACCAAAAUCCACUUCAAGGAGUUGGCUGUGGUUCCUAUAAUGAUUUUUUCCCCCUUUGUUCCCACCAGUCUUUUGGUGCUUUCUACAGGGGCCUUCUCAUGCUCCACAGGGCUGGGAUGUAGUCUUCUCUCUCUCUCUCCUCUCUGUCUCAGACCAGAUUAUUACAGUGCAAGGCCGCUGCUCACGUGCACACCAACCCUUGAGAGAGAGUUGUGAAGCAGAGUAGAGCCAGUGAGCUCUCUAGUGGUGAAACUAAACUAGACAUCCACCACCCAGCCCGCUGUGCCUUUGUCAGCAUAUCUGUUCGGUCACAGUUGGCUGACUGGCUUUCUGUUUCUGUUCUUUUGGUCGUGGAGGCAAAAUGGAUGAGUUUGACCCUUAAGCAAGGUGUUUAAGUUCUGCAGACAGAAGUCUUGAGAAUUUGAUGUAGUCUUUGGUUAUAACCCUAUCCCUCAAGAGUUGAGAAUAGGAUGUAUUUGUUGAAUCGUGGCAUCGUGCUGCUUUGAGACCCUGUGUUUAGCCACUCUGCUAUCCAUCACUCUGGCCUGCUGGGGCGACAGGGUUUGCCAUCUCUCUCUCACGCUCUCUCUCUCAUGCUCUCUUCCUCCUCUCUUCCCGCUCUCCUCUCAAUUUCAAUUUAAGGCCUCUCUCUCUGUCCUUCUCUGUAUUUUUCCACUUGGAGGGGAGCAGGAUUGAUGAAGGGGGUCACAUUUCACUCCCCUUAUCUUUUAAUAGCCUCUCUUUGUGUUGGCUGCACCUGAUAGAAGCAGGGCUGCAGCUGUAUUGUAUUCCUAACGCAGAGGCGUUCAGGGGGCAGCGGAGGGAAAGGAGAGAGGGAGACAACUCUGCUUCUUCCGCUGGUGGGUCUGGAUGGCUUUAUUCCCCCAGCUGCUGUUAGCCAAUGAGGUCCCCGAUGUAACCUAAGCUACCCACAAUCAGAGGUCACAUGUUCAGCAGGGGUUCUCAGAUCUGCAGGGGGAAAAAGCCUUUUAUUUGAGGCAUUAAAGGCAAAUUAAAGAGCUUAAGGAAACCAUACCAAAUUAAACUGGCUUUAUGUGCUGGGAUAGAGUUUCAAGUAGUAACCUUUUUUUAUGUAGUGUUUUCUACAUACAGCAGUUGGCUCUGAAAUGAAAGCCUCACUCUCCAUAUUAGGGCCGGGAUGGCUUUUUUCAGCUGUUGUUGAAGCUGACAUUGUUCAGUUUUUUUGCCCUGUGAGAAGAGUGUUUGUCUAUAACAGCAGAUUUGAAAGUACAGCAACCCUGUAUAGGCUUCAAUGAAUAGCAGCAGUAUUUUAUGUUUGCUACGAGUUUUUACUUCUUCAAUGUGAAGCCACAGCUCCAGAGAGAGUGUGUGUGUGUUAGAACACAGAACCACUGCACAGAAUGUUUAUGAACAAAUCUUUCUGAUCUCUUGCGCUCUCUCGUUUCUCUCCUCGUCUCUCAUCUCGUUCCUCUCUCUCUCAUCGCUCGAUAAGUCUCUGCGAUAGAUCUAGUAGAGAUCAUAGAGAUAUGCUGCGGGAUCUGCUAGCUCUCUGAGAUCAUCUCUCUCUAGCGAUCUCUCUCAGUCUCUCUCCUCUCUCCCUCUCUCUCUCUCUCUCUCAUCUCGCUCUCUCUCUCCUGCUCUCUCCUCUCUCUCUCCAGCUCUCUCUCUCCUCUCUCUCUCUCUCUCUCUCUCUCUCUCUCUCUCUCUCUCUCUCUCUCUCUCUCAGGUCUUUAAAGUGAACGGAGUAACACGGGCGUCCCAGCCAGGCGUGCACACGGCCGGUGCCAAAAAAACUAAAGACUUCAGACUGCCGUCCAAAACUGUGAAGGGCCACGUCACAUACACCAAAGCAAAACGAGAACUGGUCAAGAAAACCAAACUGAACCACCGCAAACACAGCACUGCUGCUGCCCAUAGAGCCCAUAGCAACAAUCACCACCACCUCCAGCGCCACCAGCGACUCCCCCUCGCCAACUCAGGAAAAGCCCAGAAUAGCAAAGCAAAAACACGCAAACAGGUGCUAUUAUCCAAUGGGGUGCACAAGGUGGCCAACGAGGACGGAGUGCGCCUCAACGGCCGGCUAAAUGGUCGUCUCUGUGCCAAGCUGGAGGUGGGCAGGCAGGGGCGUGAGGGGCUGAGGAACUCCAAGCGGAGGCUGGAGGUGGCGGCAGCGGCCAUCGGCGCGGUGGCUGACUCCCAGGGUAAGCUGGUCGUCCUGGAAACUAACCCCAACCCUAAGAAGACAAAACAGCCCCAGAGCAGCCUUCUGGACGGUAAGACCAAGCACCAGACCAGCCCUCUGGAGACACGCAGUAAGAAAGCCUGUCAGGACAAGACCUUGGUCCCCAACGGACACAUCGUCAUGGAAACCACCCCUCCCCCGACCCUGCUAGCCCCACCCCCUCCCCCGACUCCUCCCUCUACACCACCAGCCAAUCCAGAACCAGAGCGUCAGCGGCCCAAGCGGGCGUCAGCCGGCAAGCUGAUGUUCAUCAGACAAGCACAGCAGAGGGCGCAGGCUGCCUCUAACCCUAACCACAACCACAACCGCUCAACUACCUCAGAAUCCCCUGGCCACACUCCCGGACAUAUCCCUCACAAACCAGCAGAGCCCCGGCCUGAUAGGGAGUGGGAGAGAGAGCGGGAUAAAGAGAGGGCAGAGAGGAGCAGGGCGAGCUGGGCGGCGUUAGGUGAGGCGCCAGUGUUCUCUCCCACCCAGCGAGAGUUCCAGGACCCCCUGGUGUACCUGGACUCUGUGCGGGAGGGAGCGGAGCCCUGUGGACUUUGUCGGGUGGUUCCCCCGGCUGACUGGCGCCCAGAGUGCAAACUAAACGAUGAGAUGCGCUUUGUGACCCAGGUGCAGCGCAUCCACAAGCUGGGCCGUCGCUGGGGACCCAACGUACAGAGGCUAGCCUGCAUCAAGAAGCACCUCAAAUCUCAGGGCAUCACAAUGGAAGACCCCCCGCUCAUCGGUGAGUCUAACUCAUAGACUGUCUCUACUUUACCAGCAAUAACCCAAUCCCCCUGUUCAUAGGUUAGUCUCAAACAUUCAGACACACUUACAUAGGCUGGACAAAUGUCGCAAAACAAACCUCUUUAGCAAACAUUGGGUCUUGAAUGUAUUGACAAUCCAAUAAAACGUUUGUUGCGUUCCACCAACCGUAUCUUGUAUUUAUACUGUAGAUUUCAAUAACAAUAUUCAGAUGUAGCUAUAUGUCUGUGAGGCAGUAAAACAAUAUUCCCAGCAGCUUGUCUGCCUCCUUAGAUUUCUCACUCAGCAGCUUGAUGUGGUUUUUAAACAGCCUCUCACCUUCAGACUCCCUUGGCCUGUUUCAGAGCCCAGUCAGUGUAUCUGACUGAAAUAUAUGUUUGAGUCUGUAUGAGAAUGCGGCCGAUUGUAAUGCUAUCAUUACUGUAGAAGUGUUAAACUCAUGGCCAUUGACCCUCACCCAUAUCUCUCUCCCCAGGCGGCUGUGAGGUGGACCUGGCUCGGUUCUUCCAGCUGAUUAAUGACAUGGGCGGCAUGCAGCAGGUGAUGGACCUGAAGAAGUGGAGUAAACUGGCUGAUCUGCUGCGGAUCCCCAAGUCAGCCCAGGACCGGCUGGCCAAGCUGCAGGAGUCCUACCUCCAGUACCUGCUGUCUUAUGACUCUCUGACCCCCGAGGAGCACCGGCGCCUGGAGAGGGAGGUGCUGCAGGAGAAGGAGGGCCUGGAGCGCCGCAGGGGGCCCCUGGAAGGCCACACAGAGAGGAGCCUGGCCCUGCCGCGCUACGAGCCCAAGAACGGGCUGGCCGGCAGUCUGGUGCAGCGCAGCAACGGUCAGCUGUGCAGCCGGCUGAAGGAGCUGGACAGUCAGCAGCUGAAGGUGGGACGCCGGAGGCUGUUCGCUCAGGAAAAGAAGAAUGGGGACAAGACACAGCAGGAGGAAGAGGAGGAGGAUGAGGAUAUGGAGAAAGGCGUUCUCAGUGACCAGCACAAGUGUAUUUACAAGGUGAAGCCCGGGCGACAACUUUGCACAUCCCUUUUUAAAUCAGUGUUUUUGUUCAUUCCUCUCAUGCCCUGUUCAUGCUACAGGAGGAAGGGAAACAUGGUAUCUAGAUCCAGUCCUGCCUGCUCUGUUCUGUUGUUGUAGCUGAUGGAAUGUAGGUCAGUGCUGCGCUGGUUGAAAUGGAGCCUCAGACAGCAGGCCUCUGCCUCUCUACUCCACAUCACUCUGCCCUGCCUCUCUCUGUGUUACCCCUGCCCACACACCCACACACAAUAGCUUCCUGACCCAGACGUUCCCCUUGGUGCCCUUCUCAUGGAAGAGUGUGAUGAUGUGCAUGUAGUUUCUAACCCUAGCCCUCUCCUUCCUCAACCUGCUGUGUGUCUAUGAUCUCAUGACAUCUCAAACACCGUUCUGGUCUGGAUUCCAUUUCAAUCUUUUCCCUCCUCCUUUUUGUAACCAAGUCCCCAACACAAGCAGACCCAUAAGAUGUGAGAUCAGUACAGUUACAGUAACCCAGUUCUUACAGAGAGGAGAUGUGAGCGGGGUCUUAAAUCCAGGGACAGUACAGGCAGAUUUUAUAGACGCCAUCAAGGCCCCUCCAAUCUGAGUAGGCAUCCCAGGGAAGGUUCAUAUUAACUAGUCAUGCUCAGAAACGUUCGACACAGACAUGGAGCUGCAGAGACUUGCAUACAGUACACUCAGGUCAUGCAGUCUUUCAUUUUUCAUUGCAGAAGUAUGCCCUGGUGUAUGGCUAUAUGUUUCUCUUCAAGGCUCGUCUAUAGGACAGUAUUUGCUGUUUGAUGUUAGCUGUACUAUGUGGCUUCUGUUGUGUUGCAGGGGAAAUCUGUAUCUCUCACCAACUUCUUUAGGAUAGCCAGGAACACCAUGACCAUGUGCUUUAACAAAGAGCCCGGGGCUGCUGAGGUCGAGGUAAGAAUGGAACCAGUCUCAAUCCCUACUGGCCUUAUGUAGGGGUCAGCGCACUACUGUAGCAUACUAUUGACCUCCGGCUCCAUUUAUUAGUCACUACUUAAAUCUUUUUUUUAGUAUGCACAUUUAUUGAUAACUGCUCACUUCUCCUUUUUCUCUUCCUUUACAGCAAGAAUACUGGAGGAUAGUGGAGCAGAGGCACUGUCAUGUGGCAGUGCAUUAUGGGAAAGUGGACACCAACACACACGGAAGUGGCUUCCCCGUGGGAAAGUCAGAGCCAUUUUCUAAGUAAGAAGACCCAAUGUCAUCACACCCUAAAAAUUACCAUGGAGUCGACCCUAUAUGGUCCAGCUUUAAAUUACUUUCAGCUUAUAAAGACUUCCUAAGCACUACAUCAAUGUUUUAAGUAUGUCAUGCUUUAUAAAGGGUUAAUAAAUGUGGCAUAACUGUGACAUAAUGACCAAUGUCAUUUAUGACAUAACCCACUAUGUCAAAUAUGAUACAGCAUGACAGGGUUAAAAAUGCUUUGAAGCCUCAAUUUAAUAUGAUUUAUAAGGCCUUUAUUAAGAGGUGCGUAUGCCAUAUAGUGGGUUAUGUCACAUUUGACAUUGGCGGUUAUGUCACACAGUUAUGCCACAUUUAUGAACCCUUUAUAAAGCAUGACAUACGGUUAUAGAUUUGUAACACAUUUAUGUAGUGUUUAUGACGGCUUUAUGAAGCUUUUAUAAGCUGCACGUCAUUUAAAGCGGGACCAACAAUAUCUCUUGACUGGCCACUGUGGAAUGACUGUGUCCUUUCUCUAACCCUUUCAAUGACUGUUCACUCUCCCUUUCAGACAUGGAUGGAACCUCACUGUCCUCCCAAAUAACUCUGGAUCCAUUCUGCGGCAUCUUGGAGCUGUGCCCGGUGAGAUUUCUACCUUAACCCCUCAUCCUCACUCUAACCCCUAACCCUCACCCCUGAUCCUCACCCCCUCUCUCACACUAACCUUCACCCCUGAGGCACAUGUCUCUCUGCUGGAGACAAUGGGAAGAUCUCAAUUGCAUACUCCUCUCGUCUCCUUCUCAAAACCCAUUGGAUGAGAAAGCCAGAGGUCCCUCCCCUGUGACCUUUUCCUCCAAUGGGUUUUGAGAAAGAGAUGAGCAGAGAGGACGCGAGGAGUAGGCAAUUGAGAUCUUCCCAUUGUGAUGCCUGUUGUGGCGUCUGCGGUUUUAAAACUGACUUCUCUGUCUCUCUCCGUAGGAGUGACCAUUCCCUGGCUGAACAUUGGCAUGGUCUUUUCUACCUCAUGCUGGUCUCGAGACCAAAACCGCCUUCCAUACAUUGAUUACUUACACACUGGUGCUGACUGCAUUUGGUAAGUAUCCCAACAUGACCACCUCUGGCUCUCUCUUCCUCCUCACAGGUAGAUGUGUACAGUACAAGGACAUUACAAAGAUAUGUGGUUUUUCUAAGGUGAAUACGUGGAAUACGUGAUAUAAAACAUGACAAAGCCCUGUCAUUGAUAACACCCAUCUCGGAUCAGGCUUGUAAUUAGCUGAUCAAAUUCCACCUUCCUUGAACAUGCCAGUCUUUUGGAAAUAUUAUGUAUUUAUGCCAAAGUGUCUCUCAUUAAAGCUACAUUUACUUACAACAAGAAACGACUGGGUGGCAGCGAAAGCCACAGACAUUAGUGUUUUGUAUUGACCUGUUAUGGAGGCAAUGUUUAUUCUCUUUGCAUUAGCCCAACUUGAAUGUGAUGGUAAUGAAGGGGGUUGAGAAAGGGCAUUGGCUGUGGACAUCCACCAGCCCAACCCCUCCCUCCUUCCCCAUGUGUGCUACCUGCCCAUUGGUGGUGACACAGGUGAGUAGCAAUGUGCUAGGAGGUUCCUGAGAUGAAGGCAAGUCAUAAUCAACAUCAUUGACUGUCUGCUCUCUUGAAGUAUGAAUGUUCCCCUCAUCUUUUCAUGGUGUGUCUCCAUGUCCUAGAGUAGGGGUUCCCAAACAUUUUGCAGGUUUAAAGCAUAUUUCCUGCAAUUCUACACAUUUUGUCAUGGGGUGCAAAGAAAAUGUUGCAAUUUUAAAGCACAUUUCCUUGCAAUUAUAUACAUUUUGCCAUGUCUAAUGUUUAUUCUUGUGAUAUUUGAGUGACAAAAAAAUUACAACAAUAUCUAUGGGCUACAAAACCUAAGUAAAAAAACUGACAACGUUGCUGACAGGUGUAUAAAAUCGAGCACACUGCCAUGCAAUCUCCAUAGACAAACAUUGGCAGUAGAAUGGCUUUACUGAAGAGCUCAGUGACUUUCAACGGGGCACCGUCAUAUGAUGCCACCUUUACAACAAGUCAGUUAGACUUGUUAGAGCUGCCUCGGUCAACUGUAAGUGCUGUUAUUGUGAAGUGGAAACAUCUAGGAGCAACAGCGGCUCAGCCGCGAAGUGGUAGGCCACACAAGCUCACAGAAUGGGGCCGCCGAGUGCUGAAGGGUGUAGCGCGUAAAAAUUGUCUGUCCUCGGUUGCAACACUCUAAAUUGCCUCUGGAAACAACGUCAGCACAAGCUUCAUGAAAUGGGUUCCAUGGCCAAGCAGCCGCACACAAGCCUAUGAUCACCAUGCGCAAUGCCAAGUGUCUGCUGGAGUGAUGUAAAGCUCGCAGCCUUUGGACUCUGGAGCAGUGGAAACGCGUUCUCUGGAGUGAUGAAUCACACUUCACCAUCUGGCAGUCCAACUGAUGAAUCUGGGUUUGGCAGAUGCCAGGAGAACACUACCUGCCCCAAUGCAUAGUGCCAACUGUAAAGUUUGGUGGAUGAGAAAUAAUGGUUUGGGGCUGUUUUUCAUGGUUUGGGAAAUCUGAAUGCUACAGCAUACAAUGACAUUCUAGACUAUUCUGUGCUUCGAACUUUGUUGCAACAGUUUGGGUUAGGCCUUUUCCUGUUUCAGCAUGACAAUGCACCCGUGCACAAAGCGAGGUCCAUACAGAAAUGGUUUGUCGAUCGGUGUGGAAGAACUUGACUGGCCUGCACAGAGCCCUGACAUCAACCCCAUCAAACACCUUUGGGAUGAAUUGGAACGCCGACUGCGAGCCAGGCCUAAUCGCCCAACAUCAGUACCCGACCUCACUAAUUAUCUUGUGGCUGAAUGGAAGCAAGUCCCCGUAGCAAUGUUCCAACAUUUAGUGGAAAUCCUUCCCAGAAGAGAGGAGGCUGUUAUAGCAGCGAAGGGGGGACUAACUCCAUAUUAAUGCCCAUGAUUUUGGAAUGAGAUGUUCGAGCAGGUGUCCAUAUACUUUUGGUCAUGUAGUGUAUGCAAUGACUAACAUAAGAUGAACUGAUGAUGAACUAAACAAUUUCGAAAUUGCACCUUGUGCAUUCUACUAUUACAACUUUCAAGAGUAAGUUUUAAGCCUGACUGUUCCUAUACAUGUCCUAGAGUUACAGGAAAGGGCUAGACAGUCUGUCUACAUGUCCUAGAGUUACAGGAAAGGGCUAGACAGUCUGUCUACAUGUCCUAGAGUUACAGGAAAGGGCUAGACAGUCUGUCUACAUGUCCUAGAGUUACAGGAAGUGCUAGUUUGGGAUGCCCUAGGACAAGCAUAAGUCUGUUACACUAUUCCCAUAGGACUUAGUUGUCCAGUGAGUCUCAGUUAAAAAUAGAUCUCGUUCUAUUAUGCAAUCAAGGUCCUCCAUUUGACAGAUGAAACCACAGACGGCCAGACCGCUCUACCUACAGUGUCUACAGGCUAUGAGCCCCACAGGAAAGCCGCCUCUCAGGCUCUCAUUCACUUUCUCAACCUUCCCUCUAGCUCUCUCUCUUGCUCUCUCUAACCUCUGGAGGCAGUGCGUAAGCACAGACCUACCUCCUGAUUGUUCAAAGCUGAGGGGUUACACUGCACAGUUGAUGUCCAGCAUACCACAUACACACACAGAGUUGCAUGAACCUGAGUGGUUCCCUCUCGCCCUGCCAGGUAUUCUGUUCCUGCUGAGGAGAAGGUGAAGCUUGACAAGGUCGUACACACACUGCUGCAGGCCAAUGGGACCCCCGGGCUGGAGAUGCUGGAGAAGAACAUCAUGAUAUCUCCAGAGGUGCUUUGUCGGGAGGGUAUCAAGGUCCACCGCACCGUCCAGCAGAGUGGUCAGUUCGUGGUCUGCUUCCCCGGGACCUUUGUGUCCAAGGUCUGCUGUGGCUACGGUGUGUCGGAAACUGUUCACUUUGCCACCCCCCAGUGGAUGAACCUGGGAUACGAGGCUUCUAAGGUAAGGCUGAAGCUGGAGCUGCUUUCUGCUGCCUCCCUGUGGCUGUUUAGAGACAUAGCUCAUUGUUUACACCAGUAUCUCUAGAACAGGGCUGCCCAUCCCUGUUCCUGGAAAGCUAAUCUGUCCUGUAGGUUUUCGCUCCAACCCUAAUUUAGCACACCUGAUUCUAAUAAUUAGCUGGUUGAUAAGAUUAAUCAGGUUAGUUAAAACUGGGGUUGGAGCUGAAACCUCCAUGAGGGUAUUGUAGCUCUCCAGGAACAGGUUUUUUUUAUUUUAUUUAUUUCACCUUUAUUUAACCAGGUAAGCCAGUUGAGAACAGGUUCUCAUUUACAACUGCGACCUGGCCAAGAUAAAGCAAAGUAGUGCAAUAAAAACAACAGUUACAUAUGGGGUAAAAAAAACAAAGUCAGAAAUACAACAGAAAAUAUAUAUACAGUGUGUGCAAAUGUAGCAAGUUAUGGAGGUAAGGCAAUAAAUAGGCUAUAGUGCAGAAUAAUUACAAUAGUAUUAACACUGGAAUGCUAGAUGUGCAAGAGAUGAUGUGCAAAUAGAGAUACUGGGGUGCAAAAGAGCAAAAUAGAUAACAAUAUAGGGAUGAGGUAGUUGGGUGGGCUAAUUUCAGAUGGGCUGUGUACAGGUGCAGUGAUCGGUAAGGUGCUCUGACAACUGAUGCUUAAAGUUAUUGAGGGAGAUAAGAGUCUCCAGCUUCAGAGAUUUUUGCAAUUCGUUCCAGUCAUUGGCAGCAGAGAACUGGAAGGAAUGGCGGCCAAAGGAGGUGUUGGCUUUGGGAAUGACCAGUGAGAUAUACCUGCUGGAGCGCAGACUACGGGUGGGUGCUGCUAUGGUGACCAAUGAGCUUAGAUAAGGCGGGGAUUUGCCUAGCAGUGAUUUAUAGAUGGCCUGGAGCCAGUGGGUUUGACGACGAACAUGUAGUGAGGACCAGCCAACAAGAGCGUACAGGUCACAGUGGUGGGUAGUGUAUGGGGCUUUGGAGACAAAACGGAUGGCACUGUGAUAGACUACAUCCAAUUUGCUGAGUAGAGUGUUGGAGGCUAUUUUGUAAAUGACAUCGCCGAAGUCAAGGAUCGGUAGGAUAGUCAGUUUUACGAGGGCAUGUUUGGCAGCAUGAGUGAAGGAGGCUUUGUUGCGAAAUAGGAAGCCGAUUCUAGAUUUAACUUUGGAUUGGAGAUUCUUUAUGUGAGUCUGGAAGUUGAGUUUACAGUCUAACCAGACACCUAGAUAUUUGUAGUUGUCCACAUACUCUAGGUCAGACCCGUCGAGAGUGGUGAUUCUAGUCGGAUGGGCGGGUGCUAGCAGCGUUCGAUUGAAAAGCAUGCAUUUAGUUUUACUAGUGUUUAAGAGCAGUUGAAGGCUACUGAAGGAUUGUUGUAUGGCAUUGAAGCUCGUUUGGAGGUUUGUUAACACAGUGUCCAAUGAAGGGCCAGAUGUAUACAAAAUGGUGUCGUCUGCGUAGAGGUGGAUCUGAGAGUCACCAGCAGCAAGAGCGACAUCAUUGAUAUACACGGAGAAAAGUGUCGGCCCAAGAAUUGAACCCUGUGGCACCCCCAUAGAGACUGCCAUAGGUCCAGACAACAGGCCCUCCGAUUUGACACACUGAACUCUAUCUGAGAAGUAGUUGGUGAACCAGGCGAGGCAGUCAUUUGAGAAACCAAGGCUAUUUAGUCUGCCAAUAAGAAUGCGGUGGUUGACAGAGUCGAAAGCCUUGGCCAGGUCGAUGAAGACGGCUGCACAGUACUGUCUAUUAUCAAUCGUGGUUAUAAUAUCGUUUAGGACCUUGAGCGUGGCUGAAGUGCACCCGUGACCAGCUCGGAAACCGGAUUGCAUAGCGGAGAAGGUACGGUGGUAUUCGAAAUGGUCGAUGAUCUGUUUGUUAACUUGGCUUUCGAAUACUUUCGAGAGGCAGGGCAGGAUGGAUAUAGGUCUGUAGCAGUUUGGAUCUAGAGUGUCACCCCCUUUGAAGAGGGGGAUGACCGCGGCAGCUUUCCAAUCUCUGGGGAUCUCAGACGUUAUGAAAGAGAGGUUGAACAGACUAGUAAUAGGGGUUGCGACAAUUUCGGCGGCUAGUUUUAGAAAGAAAGGGUCCAGAUUGUCUAGCCCAGCUGAUUUGUAGGGGUCCAGAUUUUGCAGCGCUUUCAAAACAUCAGCUGUCUGAAUUUGUGUGAAGGAGAAGCGGGGGGGGGCAUGGGCAAGUUGCAGCAGAGGGUGCAGAGUUGGUGGCCGGGUUAGUGGUAGCCAGAUGGAAAGCAUGGCCAGCUGUAGCAAAAUGCUUGUUGAAAUUCUCGAUUAUUGUAGAUUUAUCGGUGGUGAUAGUGUUUCCUAGCCUCAGUGCAGUGGGCAGCUGGGAGGAAGUUGGAGAGCCCUGCUGUAUAGUCUAUGCAGAUUUUUGUUCCUGUUGAUUAGUGUAGUGUCAUGUGUAAUCUGUAAUGUAGUUUUAAUCUGGCUGGCUUAAAAGGCUCUAGAAUAUGUUCUGUGUUAACCCAGUGUCUCUCUGCCUUCCCUCUGUAGGACCUGAAAUGCCGGCACAUAGCCAAACCCUUCUCCAUGGAGAAGUUACUCUACCAGAUUGCCACGGCCGAAUCCAAACGCGAGAACGGACACCUUCUGACUACGAUCUCCGCUCUUCUCAAAGACCUCAGGUGAGUAGCCAUGGAAACCGGGCACAUCAUAAUAUGGAUGCUGUUUGCGUCAGAUGUUAGGGACGGCAUCAUCCUCCAUCCACUGUUGCCAUAGCAGUAUGAUCAAAGACCCCAAAUACACUCCAUGCUUUAAUGGAUUGGCUUAGUGUCUACUUCAAGGCAGAAAGACAUUGAAAUAGUACUAACUGUUGUUUGCUGUACUGUGCUAAAUCACGGAGUUGUGAGUUGUCGUGUUGUGCCGAAGUGUGUUGUAGUGUUCUGAAUCACUGAGUUGCUCUGUCUGCUGCAAUAGGAACAUAGAGAUGAGACAACGGCAGGAACUGUACGAGGCGGGGCUUCUGUCCUCUGCCCGCUACGGAACACACAACAACAACCUGGUGCCCGGCGACGGACGCAAGAAACCCAGGAAGUGGCUGGCACUAGAGUCAUCAGAGAGACGCUGCCAGACCUGCCAACACCUCUGCUACCUGUCCAUGGUGAGAGCUGUGCCACGGGGAAUAGUGCUAGAGUUAGGGCUGGGGCUGGGUUACGGAGACUAAUGCUAAGAUUAGUUGGGGUUAGGACUAGCGCUGGUGCUGGGCAAGGGUGAGGAUGAAUGUAGUUAACCACUCCAUCUAAAGAUGCAUUUAGUUAACCACUCCAUGUAUAGAUGCAUUUAGUUAACCACUCCAUGAAAAUAUGUGUUGUGUUGUUUAUCCCAGGUGGUCCAGGAGAAUGAGAAUGUGGUCUUCUGUCUGGAGUGUGCUCUGAGAUACGUGCAGAAUCACAAGUCCUGCAGAGGCCUCAAGAUGAUGUAUCGUUAUGAUGAGGUAAGAUGCCAUCCCAGCAAACCGGGAACAUUCCCAGGACAUAAGCUAACAUUCCCAUUAAGGGCGCUAUUCAAUCUAUCGCUGAAGCGUUACAGAUUGCUCGAUAGACAUGUAAAGCUAAUUUUCUGAUUGAGCGUUUACUGUGAAUGCAGUCUUCACUACCUUGGGAACAUUGCCUUUAAAUUUAAAUUGGGCUUUAACACUGAACUUCUGCGAUAUGGAUUGAAUAGAGCCCUAAGCUAGUUAGGGUUUUAUCUAACAUUAGGAUGAUAACAUCCAAAAAACCUUAAAAUAAUGUUUUUGAUAACAAAUAUAUAUAUAUACCGGUGUGGUGUAUAUAUAUAUAUAUUUUUUUUUAUAUGUUUUAAAUAAAAUAUCCUUGGAAUGUUUUCCUAACAUUCACUAAAAUGUUGUGCACAACAUCUGUAACAACCACUGCAGGACAUUCCCCUAAGGUUCUUAUUAUGUUUCCAGGUAAUAUAAUAGCUAAAUGUGUUCUUGGAAGGUUCUUGCAAUCAAACAUUGUAUAAUCAUCAGCACAACUGGACAGUUUUUGUGUUAUUAGAACUUUUGGGGCAACCUAAUGAAUGUUCUGGGAACGUUCACAGAACUGAUUUUGGUUUGCUGGGAUGGCCCGCUCUUAUCUGAGUAGAAUUGAUCAGAACCUUCAACAGUGGAGUGACGUAACAUGCAAUGUUUGGAUAAAUAUGAGAUUUGUUCAUUAUAACGCAUAUGUUCUCGCUCGGAUUCCUCCCUUCCCUGACUGUGCCCCCUGUGCCUUCACCUCAUUGCAGGAGCAGAUCAACAGCUUGGUGAAGCAGGUGUGUGGCAAGGCCCUGGAGAAGACAACUGAGAAAUAUAAUGGUGCGAGCCCCUUCAAACCACCACCCAAACGCGGGCCCCGGAAGAGAGCCACUGUGGAAGUGUCCCUGUCACGCCUCUCCUCCUCCCACCUGUCUCCCGCAGCCGUCUCAUGA